AGUGACAAAGUGUGGCGUGUUAGUAUUUUGUUUGAUAAUUUUUUUCAAUAUUGUGCGUCGGUGUUGAAUUUAAGACUUUAAGAUUACUACAAAAUAAACAUCUUAAUAAUGGCGUGCCAUAUCUACUUUCAAAAUCAAUUCAUUUCGGACUCCGAUUGUUCAAAUACGUCAGAUGUACGAAGCAGGAUUUCACAUACGUUUGGUAUUCCAACAGACGAUUUAUAUGUAACAGUAAAUGGACGAAUUGUGUCCAAUGAAUUAAAACUAAAUAGAGAAAAUGUGGUCAGAGUGCAUACGAGACUUGUUGGUGGUAAAGGCGGAUUUGGAUCCAUGUUACGUGCGAUUGGCGCACAAAUUGAGAAAACUACGAAUCGUGAAGCUUGCAGGGAUCUUUCUGGCCGUCGAUUACGUGACAUUAACGAAGAAAAAAGACUACGAAAGUGGCUUGAAGGGCAAGAAGACCGCGAGAGAGAGGCGGCUGAACGAAAACAAAAGAAGAUUGAACGAUUGUUAACCGAGCCUAAAAUCGAGGUGAAUCUUAAUCCGGAUUACGAGAAGGGUCGCCAGGAACUGCCUGAGCGAGUCAGUGCAGCGGUGGACGCGGGUUGGGAGGCCGCAGGAACAUCUCAAGCAUCUGGAAGUAAGCGUAAAAUAGAAGAAUGCAGUUCAAAGGGAAAGAAGAAGGCUAAGUUGUGGAUUGACGCUGAGUUGUCAGAUUGCUCCUCAUUGAGUGAGGAUGAUGAGGAGGAAGUGACCAAGAUGAGCCCUGUGCAGACGGUGUCCACUGACAGUGGGAAUGAGUCAGACAGAGCUUCCGAGGCCAGCAGUAAAGUUUAGCAGCGGUUUAAAUU